GGGCACGCACUGUGGCCAACGGCCGCGUCGGUGGCGACGAAGCCGGGCGCGAUGGGCUGCCGUGCGCCUCCGGGAGCGAUGGUGCUGCUGCUGCCCCUCGCGGUGCUGCUGGCCGUCUGCCGGCCCGGGCACGGCUUCUCCGGCACAUGCGACACCUGCGGGCUCCGGCCCAUGGCUUAUCACUACAACAACAUGCGCAUCGUGGGCGGCACGGAAGCCCUGCACGGGUCCUGGCCGUGGAUUGUCAGCAUCCAGAAUCCCCAUGUUUCAGGCACGGGACACAUGUGUGGAGGAUCCCUCAUCACCCCGCAGUGGGUGCUGUCGGCAGCGCACUGCUUCGGCCACCCCAGCUACAUCCUGGAGUCGCGCGUGGUGAUCGGUGCCAACGAUUUGACUCACCUGGGCCAGGAGGUGGAAGUGCACACCAUCAGGAGGGCGAUACUUCACGAGUACUUCAACAACAGGACAAUGAUCAACGACAUCGCGCUGCUUGAGCUGGACCGCCCCGUCCACUGCAGCUACUACAUCCAGCUCGCCUGCGUGCCCGACGCCUCGCUGCGAGUGUCAGAGCUCACAGACUGCUAUGUCAGUGGCUGGGGACACACGGGGAUGAGAUCUGUAGUUCCUGUCCAAACGGCCGAGAUCCUGCAGGAGGCCAAGGUCCAGCUCCUUGACCUCCACCUCUGCAACAGCAGCCGCUGGUAUGCUGGGGCUGUCCAUACCCACAACGUGUGUGCUGGUUACCCGCAGGGCGGCAUCGACACCUGCCAGGGCGAUAGUGGUGGCCCUCUGAUGUGCAGAGACAACAAUGCUGACUACUUCUGGCUCGUUGGUGUGACCAGCUGGGGGAAAGGCUGCGGCAGAGCGUUUCGCCCUGGAAUCUACACCUCCACUCAGCACUUCUACAACUGGAUCCUGCUACAGUUGAGAGCAGCAGCCCACCCGACAUCACGGACAUGGAGCCAUUUCAUGACCACUUCAUCCCACUAUCACGGGCAAAAUGCAGCACCAACGCAAGCGAGCGUGUCAGGCUGUCCAUAUCCAGUCCAGAAACUUAGGGAAUUCUUUACUGGGGUGCAGAACCUCCUGCAGAUCCUAAAGGGAAACAAGGCUUAAUCAGCUGCAUGACCCAGAGCAGGCUGCAACGCAUUGCGACCCUUUUCUUUGGGGUAAUGCCCAAUGGCAGCCCCAGUGCCAAAGCCCUGCUCUGUCCCAUCCACCCUCCUCUCACUGCACACCCAGGUUUACUCAGUUGGACAAAUAAAGCUUAUUUUCACAGCUA